AUGGCCAACCAAAUCCAGUCCCCCAUCGUGGAUGCAUCAGGAAAGACAAGGCUACGCGAAUCAUUAGAGCGCGCGAAGAGACGUCAAGGGCCCAGUGUUGGCCAAUGGCUAGAGUUUCCAGGCUACUCCUUGGCGAGGACAGUGGCGCCUUUGGGUGAGGAUUGGGUUCUCAUAGACACGGAGCACGGGAACAUCGAUGACAGCCAGAUGUAUCUCCAAGAGCAAGCUGAAGCCAUCGUUCGCGCUUGCAAGUAUCCCUCCUCGCGCUGGCCACAAGGUCUUCGAGGCGCGGGAGCUAUGUUUGCCCCCGCAGCUUUCAACCAAACCGGCCGAGAGUACCUUCUUACCGCCAACGACAACGUUAUGGUUUGCGUACAGAUAGAGAGCCGAAAGGCCGUAGAGAACGUGGAAGGAAUCGCGACUGUUGACGGCAUCGACAUGUUAUUCAUCGGACCCAACGAUCUUGCUUCAUCCAUGGGUUAUGUGGCAUUUGACCAUGCCUUAAUACCAGAAGUUCAGGAGGCGUCAGCACGCGUGCUCAAAGCAGGGCUUGAUUCUGGGAAAUAUAUCGGUCAUUUUGCUAUUAGUGCCGAUGCUGCGGCAUUGAAGUACGAGCAAGGGUUUCACUUCGUAAACUGCGGAGCCGAUAUCGUCGCCAUCACAGCUUGGAUGUCAGAGGAAAUGGCCAAGUUGAAGGACUUGGUAGCGGCUAUGGGGAAACAAAGCAGCGAGGUUGAACAAAAGAUCGACGGAAAGGAGGGAAACGACGAUUCAGAGGAUAAGUUACUCUCAACUCAGAGCAAGUUUGGCUACAGUUAA